AUGAAGAGUGGACUAACCAAAGCCUGCACAAGCCUUCUAACAGGCUUUCAGGCGUCACUACUGGCUGCGACCUCUCAUACUGCUGAAGUCUCUGGACUGAAGAAGGGUCUGGAGCGGAUCAAGGAGGAGCUCGGCCACAUGAAAAAGCAGCUGGAAGAUAAUCAAGCGUCUGAGGUGGAGACCCUCAAGAAAGUGUUGGCCGAGGCGAAGGACAAAGCGGCCAAGGAAAAGGCUGCCCGUGAAAAGCAUGAAGCCAGGCGGGGCGGCAUCGCACUGCCAUCGAUGGGGGCAGCCGCGCUGCCGUUGCACCCGGAGCCCACCGCGCCCACCGCGCUCCCGCACUACCACCACCACCUCUUCUCCAUCAAGCAACUCAACACGUUGGGUGCCGCCGCCGUACUGGCCUUCUCGACCACUGUGCCGCUCUCGAAGAUCGCCUUUGGCGUCCUGCUCCUCCCCUACCUCCUCCUCCUGGCCACACCCGCCUUCCCGCAACGCCCCGGGAAGCCCAACCCGUUCGCGCCCGUCUUUCGCGGCCUCGUGCGCCUCCUCCUCGCCACGCACACCAUGGACGAGUUCCUCUUCGGUACCGUGCUCCCAGCGUUCUACAUCCUCGACGGCCUCUGGUCCGGGGACACCACGGGGAUCGCCGCCGCGGCCCCGCAUGCGUACCUGCUCUCCGCACAGGUCUUCAACGAGGGGCUCACUGCCAUGUUCCCGUGGCAGUUCUCGCUCCCCGUCAGGGCCGCUGUACCGGUCAUGUACCACGCAAGCAGGAUGUUCGCGGAAGGGGAGUGGCUCCGGCAGGAGAUGGAGGGGGCGACUGCGGUGACGGGAAUAGAAGGCGACGGAGCGGCAGGAGGCUGGGCUAGUCGAGGAGUUCCCCUGCGGCAGCGGUGGCAUAGGAAACCCUAG